GGGGGAUCUCUUGCAGGUUUGUGACAGUCCAAGUUACAUUCAUCCAGCAAAGCAUCUGUGACAUUCUGGGAUCUCGCAAAGGUUUUGGGAGGGGCCCCAAGGUGGGAUGUCUGUAAAAAGCCCAAAAGGUGGUCCUGACAGCCGACCAUCCUCUGCUGCCAGCGUAUGUCCACGAGGAGGAAGGGCUGCAGCAGCUGGAAAAUCACCCGCUAUGGGGAGAUUCAAAAACAAGGCCCUUCAGCUUAGCCUCUCCAAGAAAUUCUGCUCCAAGUCCUCCAGUGCCAAGGGAAAUGGGCGCGAGGAAGAGGAGGGCAAGCAGAAGAAUAAAAGGAGCAUCAGCAACAGCUCCAUGGUGGCAGCUGCCUACAUCUCCUACCUAAAUAAACUGUUUGGACAGGAGAGAGAGCUGAUGCCACUGGAGAUUGAUGAGCUUCAAGAGGCCUUUAAGGAAUUUGAUUAUGAUGCUGAUGGAUUCAUCCAUUAUAAAGACAUUGCAGACUGCAUGAGGACCAUGGGCUACAUGCCUACGGAGAUGGAGCUUAUCGAGAUCAUCCAACAAAUCAAGAUGAAAUGGGGUGGUCAUGUAGACUUUGAUGAUUUCUGUGAAUUAAUGGGACCACGGAUGUUGGCUGAGACAGCUCAUAUGGUCGGCCUGAAGGAGCUCCGCUGUGCUUUCAAACAGUUCGACUGUGAUGGAGACGGAAAGAUCACACUGGAAGAACUGAAGGAGGGCAUGAAGACCCUCCUUGGGGAGAAGCUGAAAAAAGGGGAAUUGGAGGAGAUCCUUGGUGAUAUUGACCUCAACAAAGAUGGCAGCAUUGACUUUGAUGAGUUUGUCAUGAUGCUUUCUGCACGAUGACCUCUGAUGGAAAGAGAGGGAACUGGAUUCAGGAGCUGAGCAUCAAAAAAAUUUAAGACCACUGCCUACUUCUUUCAGUUUUAAACUGUUGCUUUGCAUGUUGAUUAAAAAACAUAUGAAGUCAUAGGUAUCUCUGUACAACCAUCUCAAAUGCGAAGGUUGAGUAAGUGCAGUGGGUAAAGGGUGAGUUAUGCAAUCCAAGCGUGUAUGUAACCAUUAUGCUGUAAGGUUGCCCUCAUGUGGCAAAAAAGUGCACAGCUUCAUCAAAGCUGACAAAAAUUGUUCCUGCAGAUUAUAUCUAAAUAAAUUUUAUAUUUUUUCACUCUACUUGUACAUAUGGACUUUAUUGAUAGAUUAGUGUCUAAUGCCUCCUACUAAAUAUGUAAGGACAUUUAAUAAAAAAAAAACACUGGGGUUUGUUAAAAAAAAAAAGUGCAUUUAUUAUUGAAAAAUGAUAACUUAAAAACAUUUUAGCAAAAAGCAAGAUCUGUCCGACAAGGAUUUUUACAAAUGAUUUACAUUAACCAUUAACUUAAUAUAUAUUUUUAUUUUUUCUCCCCUCACAAUUUUUUGAGAUUGUGAAGACACAGUAGCUUAACCUGAGAAAAAAAAAAUUAAAACAUUCAUGAUGCGGCAAAAAAA